AUGGCCACCACUGGGAACAAGAACAUCAAUGCCAAAUUGGUGCUUCUUGGGGAUGUUGGAGCUGGGAAGUCUAGUCUGGUGUUGCGCUUUGUGAAGGGACAAUUUAUUGAAUUCCAGGAAUCAACCAUAGGUGCUGCCUUCUUCUCACAAACGUUGGCUGUAAAUGACGCAACUGUAAAAUUUGAGAUUUGGGAUACAGCAGGUCAAGAGAGGUACCAUAGUUUGGCUCCAAUGUAUUAUAGAGGAGCUGCUGCUGCAAUAAUUGUGUAUGAUUUAACAAAUCAAGCCUCAUUUGAGCGAGCAAAAAAAUGGGUACUGGAACUCAAAUCACAAGGCAAUCCAAACAUGGUUAUGGCACUAGCUGGGAAUAAAGCAGAUUUGGUAGAGGCAAGGACUGUAGCAGCAGAGGAUGCACAGGCAUAUGCUCAAGAGAAUGGCCUUUUCUUCUUGGAAACCUCUGCAAAAACUGCAGACAAUGUGAAUGACAUCUUCUAUGAGAUAGCAAAGAGAUUACCUCGAGUGCAGCCUGUGCAGAACCCUGCAGGAAUGGUUCUUAUGGACAGACCUUCUGAAAGGGUAGCAAGCUCAUCCUGUUGCUCAUAG